AUGGCACAUAGGUGUGUCCCAGCUCCGUAUAAAUACCUCUCUCUCCCGCAGGUAGGACCACAUGUGCUGGCAGGCUGCACUGGAACCAUCACUCUUCCUAACUACCAGGCGGGCACGGCUACACCAUGAAGCUGGUACACAUUGCAUUCCUGGGUCUCAUUACUCUGCUGAUGUCCAACGUUCUGCUGGUGGAAGGUAACAAUCAGCGAGAAGGGAAGAAGGAGAGGGGAAAAGCUAAAGGGGAGAAAAAGGCAGAGGCAGACAGCCCUCAGGGAAAGGGGGGCAGAACCAGAGGAGGCAAAGGGUCUCUGCAAGGGAAGUUUGUAAGCAAAGAAAAUGCCACCUGUACCUGGGCAGUGACAGAGGCACAGAGUGUCACCUUAAGAAUUGACUGCAGAAAGGAAGAGUCAAGUUUCUCCUGUAGCUUUGGGGGAAACCCAUCCUCUUGCCCCAAAUACGCCGGGAAUGAGAAGUCAUACUGGAAACAAAUUGCUCGUGCUUUAAAGAAGCAGAAAAAGAUCUGCCAAGAUCCAAAGGCUGUUCUGAAAUCUAAGGAGUGCAAGAGAGGCCCCCAGGAGGCCCACCUGCGCUACCUCGGCUCCCAGGUACCCCAACAGGUGGGCAGCAGCCACACACACGUGGAGCCAGAUGUCCAAGUCCCCACAACGGCACCAGGAAAGGACUGCGAGGAGGAGGCUGAUCCUGCAGAAAAGCAGAGAAUUGCGGCAGAGUACUGCGGCAAUUCCUGGGGCUCAUUCUGCAACUUCUUCUUGUCCAUGCUACAGAGCAAAAGCUGCUGAUCCAGUUCCUCUGUACGGCUCCAGAUAAGGCAGCAUCACAUGAGGCAUCCAGCACUGCCACACCCCUGGCUAUUCUACUACAAUGAAUGAUGUGCUAUGUGUGCCAGAUGCAUCAAUGGAUCUGAUUCCUUUCUAUGUGUAAAUGGUUUCAAGGACAACUGAACACCCAAAGAGGUGGCCACAACCUAACUGCACUGAGCUACUCUACUAUUUCAACAUUAAGUAACCCUGAUUGUUUAAGUUUUAGCCCUCCAUAUUCCCUGCUACUUACAUUUUCUCAUUUGGUCCCCUACUGAUGGCAGAAUGUGAAUCAUUUUCUGAUUUAGGUCUUAAAUUACAGCCAAUCACAUCUCUGCUUCUGUUUUCUGUCAGUAGACUAACAAUCUAAAAGCUGAUUGGUUGAGAGUAACACAGGCGCAUUUCUGCAAUUUAUCACCUAUGUGAGUAAAUAAGCCCAACUGUGUGUCCCACCUUUGGCACAUAUCUGUCAGUAAGUAUCAUUGUGCCUAAGGUUCUUGGCUAGCCCAAAGGGCAAGUGGGAAAGGGCACAAAGGUCUAGAACAUUACUUGCACUGGGCAGCUGUAGGUAGUAAUGUGGCAAAGCAGUGGCCAAAUGUUAUUUGGGGGCUUUAGUUCCCAUUUAAUCUAUGGGUAUCAGGGGAAACUUCUUACCCUUUUUUUCUCUUGGAAUGUUAAGGGCACCUGUCUGGCAUUAGUGGAAGUGAGAGAUUUGGGGGAAUAUCCAAUGUAUACAAUUAUUUUUAUUCUGUCCGUAUGUCUAUGCUUAUUUAAAUGUUAGUAUAAAACUUUUUGUACUUUUUUUUACUAUAACUACAAAUGCGGAAUCCUAUUUAUUAAGUGCUAUAACUGAUAAAAGCCUCUGCUGUACUUUAUUUAUAAUAUAACAGUACCAAUAUAUUCUGCUAUAUAAAAAAUGUAUUCAAUACCCCAAAGAGCUUACAGCUGUACAUAUAAUAGAUGAAUUACCUCUAGUUACAAAGGGGAGUACCCCCUGGAUCUAAGGAGGUAUAAAGCAUUAUAUACUGUUAUAUAUUAUUAUACUGUAUGCUGUCCUUCUGCACUCAGGGCAAGCAGUUCUGAGUAAUGCUCUGAGUAUAUUAAGAAGAGAAACUAAGAAGAAAAUCCCUAAAGGAGAACAAUGAAAUGUUUCCCAUAAUGUGGAUAAUUUAGCAUUUUAUUUAAUGGAGAUUUGUACAGCUGUACAGUAAGUACAUGUCUGUUGUGAAGGAUAUUCUAUAACUCUAUGUAACUCUAUAUGAUAGGUCAGUUGGCAGGUAUAACUCUAUAUGAUAGGUCAGUUGGCAAUGGUGAUGCUGAGAGUUCCAGUUCUGCAGUGGCUGGGGGGCCAGCAGUUACCUAUUCCCUAUAAGGAUGACUCCUGAAUAAACUUGCUAUACUGGUACAUAUCUUGCUUGGGAUGGGCCAAUAAACAGUAUAUAAACCAUGCGCUGUAUAUAAAUACGUACUCUCGGCUCAGGUGGGCCUUGUUAGAAACUAUGAUUUUUUUCAGUACUUUGUAUUCUUUUGUACUCAAUAAAAUGAAAAAAAAAGAAAA